AUGAAAUCGAGAUUGUCGAGACAUGAAGGUGGUGUUAGUAGUGCUCAUGCUGAAGCUCAAGAGAAAUUUGAUAUGUUCACUACACCAAAAGCAUCAAUCCGAAAUGCUCUUGCUUCAAACACCUCGCAGUAUAAGGCCUUGUACAAGCUCCGUUUGACAUGGACACUCAAGUGUUUGAGGUUUUUAUUGCGCCAAGGCUUGGCAUUUAGAGGACAUGAUGAGAGUGAAGAUUCACUAAAUAAAGGAAAUUUCCUUGAGCUUCUAAAUUGGUUAGCAGGAAAUUUUGAAGAGGUUGACAAAGUGGUUCUCAACAGUCCUCCCCAGAACUGCAAGAUGACUCACCAUGAUAUACAACAUGAGCUGAUAAAAUGUUGUGCGCAGGAGACUACUAAACUGGUCAUUGAAGAACUUGAUGGUGGUCAUUUUGCAAUACUUGCAGAUGAGUCUAGUGACGUGUAUCAGAAUGAACAAUUGGCUAUUUGCUUGCAUUAUGUUGAUAAGAAAGGAAGGGCGGUUGUAAGAUUUCUUGGUCUUGCUCAUGUUGAAGAUACUACCUCUUUGACACUUAAGGCUGCAAUUCAGAAAAUGCUUAUGAAGUACAAUCUGACCUUCGCAAUGGUUCGUGGGCAAGGGUAUGAUGGAGCUAGUAACAUGAAAGGUAAUGCCAAUGGCCUGAAAAAACUAAUCAUGGAUGAGUCUCCUUCUGCCUACUAUGUUCAUUGUUUUGCCCAUCAACUACAGCUAACUCUUGUUGCUGUUGCUAAGGAGAGUGGUGAUUGCACUUGGUUCUUUCAGCAGCUUGCACACUUGUUAAAUGCUCUUGGUAUGUCUCGCAAAAAGAUGAGGAUGCUUCGGAUUGCUCAAGCCGAGGAAAUGAUUGAUGCAUUGGAAUUGGAAGAAGUAGAAACGGGGACUGGGCAAAAUCAGGAAAUGGGUUUGGGAAGACCGUGUGAUACACGUUGGGGAUCGCACUUCAGAACUGUGAACCGUGUCCUCUCUAUGUAUGCUGCAAUACGGCGAGUCCUCUUGAAGAUUGGAAAAGAGUACCAUGGUGCGGAGGCUCAAGCAGCUCUAUCUGUGUUGACAUCAUUUCGGUCAUUUGAGUUUGUUUUCAUGGCACAUUUGAUGCAAGAAAUAUUUGGAUACACAGAUGACUUGAGCAGAGCUUUGCAAAUGAAAGAGCAAGAUAUUGUUCAUGCUAUUGAGCUAGUUGAUCUCACAAAGUAUCACUUGGAGGGCUUGAGGUCUGAUCCUGGAUGGGAUGAUUUUCUUAUCAAGCUGAAGAUAACAUGGGAGCACGUCAACCACGGCGACUACCUGCCGCAGUCUCCCAUCCUCGAUCCGUUCCCGAACCAACCGCGCAGGCACGCCCGCCGCACUGCAGCACAGGUGUCCGGCGCCCCUCCAAUCGGCCACCCCCACGCCCGACCCCUACCCACCGUUACGUGA